AGAAGCCCCGCAUUCAGUGAGCCAAGCCACCCAAGCAGAGAGGCGGAGCCAUGGCCUCGGAUGCGAGUCAUGCGUUGGCAGCUGCCCUGGAGCAGAUGGAUGGGCUGAUUGCAGGCACUAAAGCAGGUGCAGAUCUCAGCGAUGGGACCUGUGAGCCAGGACUGGCCUCCCCAGCCUCCUGCAAGAACCCCUUCCCUGUGCUCCAUCUCGUCGAGGACUUGAGGCUGGCCCUGGAGAUGCUGGAGCAUCCUCAGGAGAGAGCGCUCCUCCUGAGCCAGAUCCCGGGCCCCACGGCCGCCUACAUCAGGGAGUGGUUUGAAGACAGUCUGUCCCAGGUAAAUCCCCAUGGUGCUGCUAGUAAUGAAACUUACCAGGAACGUUUGGCGCGCCUAGAAGGAGAUAAGGAGUCCCUCAUUUUACAGGUGAGUGUCCUCACAGACCAAGUGGAAGCUCAAGGAGAGAAGAUUCGGGACCUGGAAGUGUGUCUGGAAGGGCACCAGGUGAAGCUCAAUGCCGCGGAAGAGAUGCUACAACAGGAGCUGCUAAGUCGCACAUCACUCGAGACCCAGAAGCUGGAUCUGAUGACUGAAGUGUCUGAACUGAAGCUUAAGUUGGUCGGCAUGGAGAAGGAGCAAAAAGAGCAGGAAGAGAAACAGAGAAAAGCAGAGGAGCUACUGCAAGAGCUCAGGCACCUCAAAAUCAAGGUGGAAGAACUGGAAACUGAACGGAAUCAGUAUGAAUGGAAGCUGAAGGCCACUAAGGCUGAGGUAGCCCAGCUGCAAGAGCAGGUGGCCUUGAAAGAUGCAGAAAUUGAACGUCUGCAGUGCCAGCUUUCCCGGACAUCAGCUCUCCAUGGUGACCAGGCAGAGAAAGAUCAAGAAAUUCAACGUCUGAAAAUGAGGAUGGAAACCUUGCUUGUUGCCAAUGAAGACAAGGACCGACGGAUAGAGGAACUGACGGGGCUUUUAAACCAGUUCCGAAGGGUAAAGGAGAUCGUCAUGGCAACUCAAGGGUCUUCGGAAAGAACUCUCUCAAUCAACGAGGAAGAACUGGAGGGAAGUUUCAGAAAGUGGAACUCUGCAACCAAAGGCCCGGAAGAACCAUUUAAACCAGAGAUGCCGCCGCGAUGUAGCUCUCCCACCGUAGGGCCACCUCCGCUUCCACAGAAAUCACUGGAAACCAGGACACAGAAAAAACUCUCCUGCAGUCUAGAAGACUUGAGAGGAGAAUCUGUGGAUAAGUGUGUCAUUGAUGGGAACCAGCUCUCCCCAGCCAUGAAAUUGAAGGAUGGCCCUCUCCUGGCUGAGCACAAAUAUCCCACGUUACCUGGGAAGCAUUCAGGAGCUAUUCCCAAUGGAGAGGCCAACCAGUCUCCACCCACCACGGCCCAGCAGGAUCCCAGUGGGAGCAGCCUGCUGAGAUUGAACCGUGGCCGGAGUGUCAGUGCCCCCGUAUUAGGAGACACGGAAAGUGGCUGGGAUGACAGUGCCACAGCCAAUGACCUCUCAUCCACGUCAUCUGGUACUGAGUCGAGCCCCCAGUCUCCUCUGACACCAGAUGCUAAACGGAGCCCCAAAGGCAUCAAGAAAAUCUGGGGAAAAAUCCGAAGAACUCAGUCAGGAAAUUUCAACACUGAUGCACCUGGGAUGGCAGAGUUUCGACGAGGUGGACUCCGGGCAACUGCAGGGCCAAGACUCUCAAGGACCAGAGACCCCAAGGGUCAAAAAAGUGAUGCCAACGCCCCGUUUGCCCAGUGGAGCACAGAGCGAGUGUGCGCCUGGCUGGAGGAUUUUGGACUCAGCCAGUAUGUGAUUUUUGCCAGGCAAUGGGUGACUUCUGGGCACACUUUACUGACAGCUACUCCUCAGGACAUGGAAAAGGAGCUGGGAAUCAAACACCCUCUUCACAGGAAGAAGCUGGUUUUGGCAGUGAAAGCCAUCAACACCAAGCAGGAAGAGAAGUCGGCAUUGCUAGAUCACAUCUGGGUGACACGUUGGCUUGAUGAUAUUGGCUUACCCCAGUACAAAGACCAGUUUCAUGAAUCCAGAGUUGAUGGACGUAUGCUGCAAUACCUAACUGUGAAUGAUCUACUCUUCUUAAAAGUCACCAGCCAACUACACCAUCUCAGCAUCAAAUGUGCCAUUCACGUGCUACAUGUCAACAAGUUCAACCCCCAUUGCCUGCACCGGCGACCAGCUGAUGAGAGCAACCUUUCUCCUUCAGAAGUUGUACAAUGGUCCAACCACAGGGUUAUGGAGUGGCUGAGAUCCGUGGACCUGGCAGAAUAUGCACCCAACCUUCGUGGGAGUGGUGUCCAUGGAGGUCUCAUUAUUCUGGAGUCCCGCUUCACUGGGGACACCCUGGCUAUGCUUCUCAACAUCCCGCCACAAAAGACGUUGCUCAGACGUCACCUAACUACCAAGUUCAACGCCCUGAUUGGUCCCGAGGCUGAACAGGAAAAGCGAGAGAAAAUGUCCUCACCUGCUUAUACACCACUGACCACCACAGCCAAAGUUCGGCCAAGGAAACUGGGAUUCUCACAUUUUGGAAAUAUCAGAAAAAAGAAGUUUGAUGAAUCAACUGAUUACAUCUGCCCCAUGGAAUCCAGUGACAGUGCCGGGGACGGUCAUGGGGUCUACAGCGGCUACCGGGUCCUCAACUCCCUUGAUUCCCCAGAACUGGAUGGGCUGGACCAGAUGGUCCCUUCGGAAGGUGCUGUGCUGCAGAUAGGGCUCCUCUCCCAAGACAUUCAUCGCCUCACGACUCUUCUGAGCCAGGACCAGCUGCUGAACGACUGUGGCCCGGCCACUUCCAACUCUGAGGACUGGAGAUGACUUUUGUCAUGCCUGGGAGCACAGAAGGCAUGUGGGGGGUGCCCCUGAGUCUGCUUCAGUGGAGAGCUGGCGCACAGCCAGGCGGCCUCUCGGACCAGGGUGCUGACAGGAGCCAAGUAGAGCUGUGGACCUGACACCCCAGAAGUGGCUCCGGAGACCCCACGUUUCCCACCGUCCCUUUGCUCCUCGCCGCUGCCUUUAUACGUUUUAUACUUUUCUAUGUGGCUGCAGACUCUGAGGGGCGCCCGUGCAACGGUCGGCACAGACCUGAUAGCUGGUGCUGUUCCUGGGGACGGCUGGGAGGCACUUGUACUCAACGGAGGACUUUGCGUUGAUAAAGGCCCUGCUGGGGAAAACAGUUCUAGAAACUUCUGACUGUUCUGUAGUAACUGAGCUGAGGGAAGUGGACAUAGGCUGCCCCCUUCUGGGCUGCUCCUGUACUAUCCUCUGGUCUGGGGAGGGCAUGUAGGGUGAGAGCAAGAAAGAA